AUGAAUUCUGCCACGCCAGGUGUCCCUCAGGUGCCGUUGCUAGAUGACGAUACGAUUGCCUUUGGAGAGGAAGAUAAUGCAAACAAACAGUUUGUACAUCCAUACAUAGUAUUCUUUCACCUGAUCUUCCGGUGCUCAGCAAUUGUGGUGUACAUACUAUGUGGGUGGUUUUCGGACUCAUUUAUAGCGAGCUUUGUGUUGGUGACACUAUUACUCUCUGCUGACUUCUGGACUGUUAAGAAUAUUAGUGGGCGCCUUUUGGUUGGUCUGAGGUGGUGGAAUUAUGUGGAUGAUGAUGGAAAGUCACAUUGGGUCUUUGAGUCAAAACAGAACCGUAUCAACCGCAAUGAGAGCCGUCUCUUCUGGCUGGGAUUGAUUCUGUGCCCACUCAUCUGGUCUGGGUUCUUCAUUAUUUGUUUACUGAGCCUCAAAUUCAAAUGGAUGUUAUUGGUCAUGAUCGCGCUUACGCUGACUGGGGCCAACUUAUACGGUUACAUCAAAUGCAAAUUUGGAGCAAAAGAAAACCUGAAGUCGGCGACCACAGAUUUUGUCAAGAGGCAGAUAUUUGCAAAUGCAACUUCCUUCAUGUUUACUCAACCAGCGCCACCUACUGUCAAUCCUAACACUGGUGUAGUUUAG